AUGAUCAGAUCGUACGAUCUAAUUGUGUGCUUAAAAUGGGUAACAACAACAACAACAACAAUCUCUCCAUCUCCAGCAGCAGCAGUAGCAACAACUACAAUCACAACACCACCAAUAGGAGCAGUCUUUCAACCAUUCAUUGGCAAUCGCGUUAAACCAACAUAUCCAUUAAGACAAGUUCAACGCAUUAGAAAACAAAUAUCAUCCACGUUAAAUAGACAUACAAGUGGCGACCAAGAACUAGAAUCAGAGGUUUUAAGAAGUUUCAGCAUAUCUAAACAUGGAAGAGGUAUCAAGAGGUUGCUCGAUCCCAAAGGAGAAAAGAUCUACAAUGAUGGUACAGUUUUUAUGGCAACAGAGAUUAUAGUUGUCUCAACAUCAUUAGAAAGAUGCACAAGGAAGCAAAAGAUGGGAAAAAAGAUCAUUUUACUAAAACACAUAUCACCAUUUCAUACUGCUUCACAACUAAGAGAUUUUGGUUUCAAAUUUGCAAAUGAUGCCAACAAAAAGAAAAUAAUGGAGGAUAUUAAAGAAUUUUAUGCUCAAACAACGAUUACAGAACCUUCUUCAAAAUGUAGCACAAAGAACCAAAAGGAUGCCAACAAUAGGACAGUAAGAGUAUCGACACCAAUAAGAAAGCUACUGUGCCCAUCAAUUGCACAGGCAUAUUCUUAUUAUGUUGAAUUUAUUGCGAUACUAAUUUUGGAUUAUAAAUUCAUAAUUUUAACCAUAUUUGGAUUGAAAUUAUAUGCAAACAUAGCUCAUAGAAAAUGGAUCAAUGGAAAAAGAUUGGUUGCAUCACAAGGUAUUCCACUUCCAUCACUAUUUUGGAUUAUCAAUUGUCCAUCUAACAAACAACAGAUUCUACAUGGAUGA